AUGAGCAUGAUUACAAUGCAUUUUCUCCCUGGGGAGAAAGCUAUUAGUACCAAGUCGAUAGCUGAUGGGAUCCUAAUUCUUACAAAUUAUCGGAUCAUAUUUUCAACCAGAAAGCCUCACAGUUCAUGGAGUAUACCCCUUACAUUAGUAUGGAAAGCUGAAGCAUUCGAAAUGAUUCAUAUCAAAAUUAUAACAAAAAUUGGCAUAUCUGUUACCUGGUCAUUUUUGGAUGAAAUUGCAUGUGACGCAGGAUACAAUCAUAUUUCAUCAUUAAUUGAUAUACCUAAAGAUAUUGAUUCUUUGUUUGCUUGUAAAUUUCGUUCAUCUCUGGAAGCCAACAUUCCAAGCCACCCUUUCCUUUUAAGUGCCUGUGAACUGUUGCAAAUAAAUGAUGUAGAUAGUGCAUUGGAUACAGCCUUAGUGUGUUUUGAAUUUCGUCGAAUGAACUUCGAUGAGGCAUGGAAGAUAACAGAUAUUAACAAUGAAUUCAAAAUUUGUUCCACAUAUCCUAGACAUCAUAUUGUACCACGGUCGAUCAGUGAUAAUGAUGUCAUCAACAUGGCGAGCUUUCGAAGUCACAAUCGAUUUCUAACAGUUGUUUGGCGUUCUCAAGUCACUGGAGCUGUUUUGCUUCGUUGUGCUCAACCUUGUGUCGGACUUAUGUGUUCACGAAAUGAAUAUGAUGAGAAAUUCUUACGAACUGUUCUUUCUUGUUGUCCAAAGAAACCUGUUGCCAAUCCCAACAAAGAUACUCAUCGGUUAAUGAUAGUGGAUGCAAGAAGUCGUAGUAGUGCACAAUUCAAUCCUGAAGUUGUUUUUAUGGAUCUACCUAAUUUGCAUACAGUGCGUUCAAAUUUUGAAGCCCUCACCAACUUAUUUGCCGGGAAAUGUCCGAACUGGUUCUCGUCACUGGAAAAAUCGUCCUGGUUAAAUAAUAUUGGUCAACUUUUGAAAACUGCCACUGAAAUAGCUAUCGCCUUGGAGGAAAACGCUCGUCCUGUCAUGGUUCACUGUACAGAUGGUUGGGAUCGUACGCCUCAAAUAAGUUCUCUGGCUCAGCUGUUAGCAGAUCCUUUCUAUCGAACAAUCCAGGGUUUUAAUAUUCUUGUCGAACGUGAAUGGUUGCAGUUUGGACAUAAAUUUGCUGAUCGAAGUGGACAUCCUUCACUUUCAUCAAAUUUGAAUGAACAAAGUCCAAUAUUUUUACAAUGGCUUGAUUGUGUACAUCAGAUACGCAGGCAAUUUCCCCAUUGUUUUGAAUUUAAUGAAUCAUAUCUGCUAAAACUUGGUUUACAUAUUUGUUCAAAUCUGUUUGGUACAUUUCUUUGCAAUUCUGAACAAGAACGACAAAAAGCUUCAGUCGCCUCUCGAACAUGUUCUUUGUGGGGCUUACUUUCACCGAAAUAUAAUUGGACUAUUGUGAAUUACUUUUAUGAACCAGAAGCUGAACAUCUUCUUCAACCUGAUUGUCAAAUUCGUUCUUUGAGUCUUUGGAACACAUUUUAUGGGAUAGCUCUAUCUACAAACAAAACAAAUUCUGUCAAUCUCCCUCAAAGUUCAUCUGAAACAGUCUCCCAUGACAGUACUUCAUUCUCAAAUUCUAAUUCUUUUGUAUCCCAUACAAAGCAUACAUCUUUGUCAUCCAUUAAACCAACAGUAAUUAAAACUAACUCUAUCUCAAAUCUUAACUGUGAACAGUUGUCACAGUCUACAGGAAAUACUCUAAAUGAUAAUCAACCGUCUGAAUCACCUAAAGUGUUAAUCCCAGAUGUAAAAAUUGACGCAUCUGAAGAGUUACAGUCAGUGACUAUGAACACAGACUCGUUUAUUAAAGGUACUACCUCUGAAAGAAAUUCACGCCGGCGUUCUCUUAAUGAUUUAACUAGCCAGUUAGAUCAUGCAUCAGUUAAACAACAAUUAUCAAAUCGAGUGUCACCGACUGCAGUGAAAUCAUCGAAUCAUAAUUUUUAUAACAAUAAUAAUAAUAAUUUAUCCAAAGGUAAAAGCAGUCCUGAACCGGCUAUACUUCGUCUUUCCUCUUUCUCUGAUGAUACUGGUAUAUGUUCUAGCUUUUCUAAAACAUAUCUGAGAUCGUCAUUAUCAUCAUUUAGUAAUGGUGAUGGUGUUUUUUCUGGAGAUCCAAAUAAUAAAUGUAUAUCUCCUGAAUCCAAUGGACAAUUAACAAUGAGUACAUGUACGUGUGUCAAUCAAUAUCAGCAACAAGAAUGUGUACUCUCACCAGUUGAGAAUACAGAUGUAUUCACUGCCGAUGAACAAUUGGAGCAAAAUGAUUUCUCUUUCAAUAAUGAUAACAAUGACAAUACUAACAACAAUGAUAGUAACAACCAAUCAUCAGGUCGGUUAUUUUAUACCCAGUUCAAUCAUUGUUCACAAAAUUGUCAAUUUUAUGGAAAAUGUUCACCAUUAUCCAUUUCAUCCAGAAAUUUUGAGUUCAAUGAAUUUGAUGAUUCUAAUAUUAAUGAUAGUACGAAUAGUGGAUCAAAUAGUAAGAUGCCAUGCAAUUUUCAUCUUGAUGGUGCACAUGUCAAUAGCUUUGUUUAUAAUAGCCCACGAUGGUCAGUUACUACUCGUGGAAGUAAUGCAAGUCUGUAUUUUUUGUCAGAUAUGAAACAGACAUCUGCUGAACAGAUUAAACCAGUUCCUACUCAACCGAUGGAUAUUAAGACGUCUUAUAAAUCGGAUAAUCAUAAUUUAAUGCAUACUGCAGAUAGUAUAUGUCCUAAUGAUUUUAUAGUCCAUAGUCUACCUGAAAAUGAUGAGGUGCUUGUCAAUGGAACUGAAUCGAUAACAUGUGAUUUGGAUAAUUCACCCAAUGAAAACAAUGAUUUAAAUUUUUCCACACCUUUAGGCGAAUCUUUAUCUGGUCAGAUACCAAUGAAUGCAGCUAAUCCUUCUACUUUCAGUAAUAACAGAGAUGCUCAGAAUUGGAAAGAUAUUCAUGGUGCUGUAUGCAAAAUGGAUGAAGUCAAUUCAGAUGAUGUAUUUACAACAAAAUUUAGUGAAUUACUUAUUCCUGAAGAUUUGCUUAAUUGGAGAAGUAAAUAUUUCCGAUCUGAAUACUUCCCAAACAUCCCAUCUCAAUCGUCAUCAUCAUCAUCAUACUACUGUGGUGAAAGAAAUUCAUGCUCUGACCAAAUGUUGGACAGUACUGCUACAACAACAACAGUAACUACUACUAACAACACUACCACUACUAUUCAUCAAAACAAUAAAAGCUUGAAGUCUGGUGCAUCUUUUGAUUUAAAAACUUAUUCUACACAAGUUAAUCCUAAAGUUUCCUUACCUGAAUUCACGCAUAUAAUGAACAAUGAGAUAGAUAUCAAUCAUCGGCCAACAUCAGCUCCAAUCAGUCCAACUCUCUGUCCUGUAACCUAUUUUUCUUCACCUACAUUGCAUAAGAAUAUAUCACCGUUAAAUACAACUGUACGAAAUUUAUUCACUUAUCAAAAACCAUUGGAUAAUGUUAAUUCAUUGGAUGAAUUGCAUAAAAAGCCUUUAUCUUCUGCAUUGAUGAAUACUUUAUCAUCCUUUUCUGAUUGGGAUGGCUUACCAAUUCUAGUAGAUCGGCUAACAGUACAUGCUCAUUCACAGUUAUGCCAAGAACGUUAUAAUCGUAAAACACAGAAACAGUCUGUACUUUCUCUUGAAGCUAAAUUAAAAUAUGCACAACUAGAAAUUGCUCGAUUGAAUUCAGAAACAGAGAGAUUAAAACAAUUAUUGGAAAUGAAUAAAUCACGUGCUCAUAAUCAUAUUAUUAAUAAUAAUCAUGAACAAGUAAUGUCUGACACAUUGGUUCUACUUAGUAAUAACCAUUCAUCACCAUCAUCAGAUCUAUUGACGAAUAAAUUAUUUGUCACUACCUCAAUUGAUGAAAAUGCCUAGCGAAGAGAAACACAUACGGAAGUCUCUGGGAUGACAAGCCAUCGAAGUCGGUGUUUCCAGACGAUGACACUCAACGAAUGGUGAUCUCCACUGUGUCGAAACACAUGCCGCCAGACCUCAGAAUUACUCACGUGACGAUUAUUUCUUACGCCUUUAUUUUUAUCAUAGCCUUAUUCCACACAGUAUUUUGGUACAAGUAUGGAAUUUUCAGCAUGUGAUAUCGGUAGCGCAAGUUUAGCGACCAUUGAUAUCAGGUGUGUGUCGAUCGGGAAUCGAAUCCCAGACCAUUUGUAUGGUUGGCGAGCAUCCUAACCACUGUGCCACCGACGUACCGAUGCCAUCGAACUCAAGCAAUCCUACGCAGACAGCGGUGAUCGCUUACACAGAGUCGCCGUACAUCCUCAGCUCAAAGAGACCAGGUUUUACAAGCGUAAAGCAAGACAGAAUGCACCGAAUCAUUGUAUACCCAAACUUUGACAGCCAGGCUAACGUCACGACGGCGCCAGAGGUGGCUCAAG